ACUGAUUCACAUCUCGCCGCGGAACACCAUUGAGAGGAACAGAACACAAUACAGCAUGUUCCUACUCCGAAUGAACAAUUUUAAUGUUUAGAAACCGUAUUUUGUGCGACUAUUUCACGUAGGUCAUUGAGAUGCGAAUGCGCUCUUCAUUGAGGAGCAGCGGACUGGCGCGAGCGCGUUAUUAUUAAUCAGCUUUCAUAAGGCGCGCGAGCUGGACACUUCUGUCAGACAGGUGUUUCGUUUGUGUUUCGACCACCUGCUCUGGUAACAUGAUGUUAGGGCAGUCUCCUCACCUUAUCGGGGGAAUCCUCUGGAUUCAAAACCCAAUGCGAGCUGUUCACUGCAAUCUGACCCAGAAUGGGAUUGACCAUCAGGUGUGUGCAGAGGAUGUGACCUCACACCUGGAGGAAGUGUCUGUUGAUCAUGGACUGGAUGAUGACAGCCCAGGCUUUCAGGACCAGAGUCCUGGUUUCCAGCGACGAUCUCCACCUCAACGCUCCGUCUCAGAAUCUGAGCUCUCCAGGCCGGGAACUGUGAAGCUGUCCAAACCCGUGGCCCUGUGGAGCCAGCAGGACGUGUGUAAAUGGCUGAAGAAACACUGUCCCAAUCAACACCAAGUCUACAGUGACUCCUUCAAGCAGCACGACAUCACAGGUCGAGCUCUGAUGAGGCUCACUGACCGGAAGUUGGAGCGUAUGGGCAUCAUGCAGGAGAGUCAGAGACAGUACAUCCUACAGCAGGUCCUCCAGCUCCGUGUCAGAGAAGAGGUCCGCACUCUGCAGCUGCUCACGCAAGCCUCUCUGGAGAGUUCACCGUAACUUGAGCGUUCCAGGAGAUCCUCCGUUCCUUGUCCAUCUUCUCAGACGUCCACAGCACACACCAGACUGCGGUCUUCCUUCAGUCUACUUCUCUCAAAACUCUCCUAAAGCAGAUCUAGACCCUCCCUCUGAUCAAAACAAUCCUAAAAAGGACCCAACUGAUCUUCAGUAGCUCUUUACAGCAUAUCAGUUCCAAAUUCGAAGAAUCGCCUGGACUACUGAUGUUCCCUUUUGGACAAUGUAAAAGACUUGCUGCUGAAUUGUCUUGUUUGUUGUAUGUAAUCCUGAAGUGUAGCACUUUAACCUCUUUCUUCCUGCCAGUGUUCAGCACACAGCCUGUUAGCAAAUCUGACUAGCAUGAUGUUCAAUGACAUGCCCUGGACUUCCUGCAGAUAGAUAGAUCUAUCUAUCUAUCUAUCUAUCUAUAUCUAUCUAUCUAUCUAUCUAUCUAUCUAUCUAUCUAUCUAUAUCUAGGUAGCUAGGUAGAUAGCUGUCUGGCUAACUAGCUAUCUAAAUGGGUAGCUAUCUAGCUAAUUAGCCAUCUAUAGCUAACUUGUCUGUCUAUCUAUUUAGUUAGCUAGCUAGCUAAUUAGCUCUCUGUAUAGCUAACGUGUUUAUCUAGCUAGCUAUCUGUUAUUGAAAUAUACAUUUAUAGCUAGCUAUGCAGCUUAUUAGCUAUCUAGAUAGGAAAACAAGCUGUCUAGCUAGCUUUCUUUACCUGUAAACAUUCGAAAUAGCAACAUGUGGACUCCACCCUUUGCACGUCUAAAUAUUACUUGUCUUUUCCUCUCUCUUGUGUCUGCCGUCUCUUAGUAUAAUGUAAACCGUCUGGUCGGCUUGCUUGGUUAGUCGUCUUUAUGUCUUUGUAUGUCCCCGAGCUUGAAUUCCUUCGCCAUCCAUCAAAAGCUGAACUGAACUGCACUGUGACUGUGACCAGGUCUCUUAAAAAGACAAGCUCACCCUUCCACAGGGAGCUGUGUUCCACCCCAAAUCCUUCUUUCAUUGCCGGACCAAAUGCAUUAUACUGUCAUCUCUUGAUCCGGAGCCAAUCUUGGAGUUCGGCUCAUGGUGGAAUUCAAUUAGAAGGCAGGAUGAAGCAACUGAGCUCGGAGCUGUGAAACUGCAAAGAAUCAGAAAUGGGAGACGAUUCUUCUUUCUUUUUUUUGGUUAUGAAGGCAGGAGAAAGAAGGGGAAAAAUAGAUGACAUGUCUCUCUGAAGUCUCAUCCUGCCACUGGGAGAGACAGGGAAAGGAAGGGAAUGUACUUUUAGGCAUGGAACGGCAUUAUUAAAAAGUGUAUAAACCAGACAGAGUGUUAUUUUGGAGAAAAGAGGAUGCAAGAUGCCUGUCACUAGGAGCCUUGAACUUUCCAUUCACUGUAUCUUUUUGAAUAGAAAUCCUCACAAAGGCAUCACUGUUAAUAUGACAUGGCCAUUCACUGUUACCUUUUUAACUUGGAAGCACAUGGAAGUACUGAAGCAAAUGAACUGUGUCUUUGUACCCUUUGAUCAUUGUCACCUUUGUAUCAAACCUCCAUUACUUACAAGAGCCUCAGGCAUCAACAAGGCUUCUCACCACAAAGAGACUUACCACAAUUGUAGCAUGACUCCGCAAUAUUGCACACCUUCCACAAAGGUGCCGACACGGUCGCCGAUAAAAGUCCAUGACAGCGCAGACCCGCCAUUGAUUACCCAGAGUGGCUCCGGUUGUUUUUUAGGGCUACAGUAAUAGGUUACAUGCUGCCGAUCGUAGCAUCCGGCCAUGCCUAUGAUGGAAGGUUUGCCUUACAAGAUGCUUUAGAUUGCAAUGAGAUCCAAAAAUUGAGUGCUAUCGAUUAGACCUUGUCGAUUAGAUCUCAUAUUGGCUCUUGUCUGGCUCACAGGAUGGAGUCAAUAGUGGGAAUCUGGGGAAAAGCAUGUUCCAAUUAAAAACUAGCUACCAUUUCAUGCCUUUGUGGGGCCUUGGUGUUUUUUAUAGCUUAGAGAGGGCUCAACGCCAGAGGCUUUUGAUGACUGAGGGAACUUGUGAAGGGCUGAGAGGGUGAAAACUGAAAUGGUCAUUGGUUUUAUAGCUGCUAAACUAGUAUAGAUCUCACUAUAUAGAGAAUUUGUGGUUCCUUAGAGAGAUGUUUUUAAAAGGAAAUCACAUUUUGACUCAAAAUGGGUUUGUCUUGGACAGAGCCAUAGUAGGAAGUGACAAACAUUACGCAAGCAACUCUAUAUCAGCUCUAAACGACACUGAACGAGAGUUUGUGUUCUAUUCAUGUGGAUUAGAUUAUUAGAUGGCAAGAUGUUCACC